UUCUGAAACAUUUUUUUUUUUAAACCGUAUUCUUUCCUUCUUUUAAUUUAUUUUUGCUUCCCAUUCCCCGCUAAAUCGGGCCGACCGUUUGGGGAGAUUGCUCCUUUACUCCCCCAAAUCACUUCGGAUUUUGGAAACCAGCAGAGAAGCAAGAGGUAGCAAGAGCUCCAAAGAGAAGUGGAGGAAGAUAGAGAGACCGGGUCAGAGAGCGCGCGCUGGCGAGCGAGAAACGAGAGGGACAGGGGCAAAGUGAGUGACCUGAUUUUGGGGGUGACCGCCAGAGCGCGGCGCGAGCCCUCCCCCUCGGGAUCCCACGUCGGACCAGCAGCGCUGACGGACAGACAGACAGACACCGCCCCCUGCCCCAGCGCCCACCUCCUCCCCGGCCGGCGGCCGACGGUGGACGCGGCGGCUAGCCGCGGGCAGGAGCCGGAGCCCGCGCCCGGAGGCGGGGUGGAGGGGGUCGGGGCUCGCGGCGUUGCACUGAAACUUUUCGUCCAACUUCUGGGCUGUUCUCGCUCCGGAGGAGCCGUGGUCCGCGCCGGGGCAGCAGAGCCGAGCGGAACCGGGAGAAGUGCUAGCUCGGGCCGGGAGGAGCCGCAGUCCGAGGAGGGGGAGGAGGAAGAAGAGAAGGAAGAGGAGAGGGGGCCGCGGUGGCGACUCGGCUCUCGGAAGCCGGGCUCAUGGACGGGUGACGCGGCUGUGUGCACAGACAGUGCUCCAGCCGCGCGCGCGCCUCAGGCCCUGGCCCGGGCCUCGGCUCCGGGAGGAAGAGGCGCCCGCCUGGGCGCCGAGGAGAGCGGGCCGCCCCGCAGCCCGAGCCGGAGAGGGAGCGCGAGCCGCGCCGGCCCCGGCCGGGCCUCCGAAACCAUGAACUUUCUGCUCUCCUGGGUGCAUUGGAGCCUUGCCUUGCUGCUCUACCUCCACCAUGCCAAGUGGUCCCAGGCUGCACCCAUGGCAGAAGGAGAGCAGAAACCUCACGAAGUGGUGAAGUUCAUGGACGUCUACCAGCGCAGCUACUGCCGUCCAAUUGAGACCCUGGUGGACAUCUUCCAGGAGUACCCCGAUGAGAUUGAGUACAUCUUCAAGCCGUCCUGUGUGCCCCUGAUGCGGUGUGGGGGCUGCUGCAAUGACGAGGGUCUGGAGUGUGUGCCCACCGAAGAGUUCAACAUCACCAUGCAGAUUAUGCGGAUCAAACCUCACCAAGGCCAGCACAUAGGAGAGAUGAGCUUCCUACAGCACAACAAAUGUGAAUGCAGACCAAAGAAAGAUAGAGCAAGGCAAGAAAAAAAAUCAGUUCGAGGAAAGGGAAAGGGGCAAAAAAGAAAGCGCAAGAAAUCCCGGUAUAAAUCCUGGAGCGCUCCCUGUGGGCCUUGCUCAGAGCGGAGAAAGCAUUUGUUUGUACAAGAUCCGCAGACGUGUAAAUGUUCCUGCAAAAACACAGACUCGCGUUGCAAGGCGAGGCAGCUUGAGUUAAACGAACGUACUUGCAGAUGUGACAAGCCAAGGCGGUGAGCUCGGUGGGAGGAAGAAGCCUCCCUCAGGGUUUCGGGAGCGAGACGUCUCACCAGGAAAGACUGACACAGAAUGACCCAUAGCCGCUGCCCCCGCACCACCACCACCAUCAACAGAACAGACCUGAAUCCAGAAACCUGACAUGAAGGAAGAGGAGGCUGUGCGCAGAGCACUUUGGGUCCGGAGCACAAGACUCCGGCAGAAGCAUUCCCGGGCGGGUGACCCAGCACGGUCCCUCUUGGAAUUGGAUCGCCAUUUUAUUUCUCUUGCUGCUGCUAAAUCGCCGAGCCCGGAAGAUUAGAGAGUUUUAUUUCUGGGAUUCCUGUAGACACACCCACCCACAUACAUACGUUUAUAUAUAUAUAUAAAAUAUAUAAAAAUAAAUAUAUAUAUUUUAUAUAUAUAUAUAAAAUAUAUAUAUUCUUUUUCUUAAAUUAACAUUGCUAAUGUUAUUGGUGUCUUCACUGGAUGUAUUUGACUGCUGUGGACUUGAGUUGGGAGGAGAAUGCCCCCACCCAGAUCCUGACAGGGAAGAGGAUGGAAGGAGAGGCUCUGGCAUCAUCUUUUUAUCCCUCUUAGGGAAGCCGGGGUCCCCUCACCUGCCUGGGAACGCGCAAGGCCAGGGCACGGGGGCAAGUUUUGCCUGCUUUUGGAAAAAACACCGACAAACCCAGCCCUGGCCCCCGAGCCCCUAUCCCGAGUCAAAUGGACAGAAAGACAGGCAACAGGUACAGGGCACGAGGACGCUGGCUCUGACCAGGAGUUUGGGGGAGCCUCGGGACACUGCUGUGCUUUGGAGAACCCCUCCACGUGCUGCACGGGCAUCUUGCCCCCAGGGGCACUGCCUGGAAGAUUCAGGAGUCUGGGCAGCCUUCACCUCCUCUCACCCUCUUCCGAGAUGCCCAGGAGGCCACUGACAUGCCUUGGCGAAGAGAAGAGAGACGUUGGUGGAGGAAGGGCCGCCCAGUGGCAGCUCGUCCUCCGAGGGAAGGGCCUCCUGCCUUGGCCCUCUCCCAGCUUCGCUUCCCGGGGCGCAGCCCAGGAGGGCCCGAUGUCCUCAGACCAUUGAAACCACUAGUUCUGUCCCCCCAGGAGACCUGGCUAUGUGUGUGUGAGUGGUUAACCCACCUCCAUCCCCCAACCCGACCCUUCCUGCGGCAUAGAGAGACAGGGCAGGGUCCCCGUGCCCACCCUGGAGGCAGAGAAAAGAGAAGUGUUUUAUAUAUGGUACUUAUUUAAUAUGCCCUUUUAAUUAGAAAUUAAAACAGUUAAUUUAAUUAAAGAGUAGGGUUUUUUUCAGUAUUCUUGGUUAAUAUUUAAUUUCAACUAUUUAUGAGAUCCAUCUCUUGCUGUCUCGCUCUCUCUUAUUUGUACUGGUCUUUGUGUAUAAAAUUCCUGUUUCCAAUCUCUCUUGCUCUGAUCGGUGACAGUCACCAGCUUGUCCUGAACAGAUAUUUAAUUUUGCUAACACUCAGUUCUGCCCUCCCCUUUCCCUUGGCUCCCCACCACACAUUCCUUUGAAAUAAGGUUUCAAUAUACAUCUACAUACUAUAUAUAUAUUUGGCAACUUGUGUUUGUGUAUAUAUAUAUAAUAUAUAUAUAUAUAUAUGUUUAUGUAUAUAUGAUUCUGAUAGACGUUGCUAUUCUGUUUUUUAUAUGUAAAAACAAAACAAGAAAAAAUAGAGAAUUCUACAUACUAAAUCUCUCUCCUUUUUUAAUUUUAAUAUUUGUUAUCAUUUAUUUAUUGGUGCUACUGUUUAUCCGUAAUAAUUGUGGGGGAAAAAGAUAUUAACAUCACAUCUUUGUCUCUAGUGCAGUUUUUCGAGAUAUUCCGUAGUACAUAUUUAUUUUUAAACAACAACAAAGAAAUACAGAUAUAUCUUAAAAAAAAAGCAUUUUGUAUUAAAGAAUUUAAUUCUGAUCUCAAA